AUUUUAUUUCUUAGUAUCUUCCUUCAAUCAUGCCGGAAUCGCGCGAAGACUCUGUCUACCUUGCCAAGCUCGCUGAGCAGGCAGAGCGCUAUGAAGAAAUGGUUGACAACAUGAAGCGCGUCGCGUCCUCUGAUCAGGAGUUGACCGUUGAGGAGCGCAAUCUCCUCUCUGUCGCAUACAAGAAUGUCAUUGGUGCACGUCGUGCAUCUUGGCGAAUUGUGUCCUCCAUCGAGCAGAAGGAGGAGUCGAAGGGCAACGAGGCCCAGGUUGCCAUGAUCAAAGGCUACAGGGAGAAGAUCGAGAGCGAACUCGCAAAGAUCUGCGAGGAUAUCCUCGAUGUACUCGACAAGCACCUUAUCCCCUCAGCCGCAUCUGGUGAAUCGAAAGUAUUCUACCACAAGAUGAUGGGUGACUAUCACCGUUACCUUGCUGAAUUCGCGACGGGUGACAAGCGCAAAGACAGUGCCGACAAGUCACUGGACGCAUACAAGGCUGCGUCGGAAGUCGCGGUGACCGAGCUCCCCCCUACUCACCCUAUUCGUCUUGGUCUCGCACUUAACUUCUCAGUAUUCUACUAUGAAAUCCUCAACAGCCCCGACCGUGCCUGCCACCUUGCAAAGCAGGCGUUUGACGACGCUAUUGCCGAGCUCGACACCCUCUCGGAAGAGAGCUACAAGGACUCCACUCUUAUUAUGCAGCUCCUCCGGGACAACCUUACCCUCUGGACGUCGGAUAUGCAUGAAGAGAAAGAUGAGUCGUCAGAACUUAAGGAUGGAGCUGCUGCUCCAGAGAACAAGGAGGCAUCGUAAAUUCUCGACUUAUCAGCAUUCGGUUCUUUGUCGAUAGCUUAAAACCGUGCAUUGUCUACACCGCGCAUCAUUUUAGUCUUUUAUUCACCUAUUUCUCUGCUCGUAUAUUCCUCCCUCCGUUGCAAUCCUCGGCCCCUCGUACCUACACACCUCAUAACGUAUCGAGCACGAGUCUUUCCUACCUUUGCGGUGUGCGGCGUUAAUGGAAUGAGUUAGUCUGUAGAGAUACUGAUGUUCGUUCUCGUUCCUUGACUGUCUGAACGUAUCGUGGUUUGUGGCUCGUCGCUCGUCAUGUUCUUCAUUUUGUCUUAAGUUUCAAUGGUCCCGUCAAUCAAACAAGUUGUCAAUCUCAACCCCA